UUAAUUCGCAUUUCCCCCUAACAAAAAUUUGGCGGCAAAUUUGAACUGCAGCAUUACAGUGGUCACAAUCAAGCUAGAUAUAUGUAUCUACAUACGUCUGUGUGUUAGCGAACGACCGCAGUCUCUCGCAUUGUGUUGACCACGUCAGACGUUCAUUUAGAUGUAAAUUGAUCUUAUCGCUGAUACAAAUAGUUUUUUUUGUAAAGGUUCAUACACACACCUACAUCGCAGAAUUGUCUGACGUGUACCUCUCGCACCACUCGUUUAAAUCAUUUAAACUCACUUGUUGAUUACGCAUUAUCAAUUUUGCGUGUUUACACAAUAGUUUUAUAAAUCGCGGACAAUUUGCAAGAGCCGGCACAGUAGGAGCCCAGUAGUCAAGAUGAGCCAGCCAACAUUUGCCGACAUCUCUGCCAAGUUCAACGAAGCGACUUUGGAUGAGAUCGUUCAGAGUGCCGGUGGCACCAAGCACACCUCGUACAAGUUUGGCGAGGGUGGCAAGAAGGGCGACUCUUAUCUGAGUCGAGUGUUUCGGCUGUGUGUCUAUGGCGUUAAGGAGCCCGAGGGCAAACAACUGGAGGUGAAUGUUAUUGUCAAGGGCAUGCCGGACAACAUGCACAGGCGUCGCCUGUUCCGCUCCACGGACUUCUUCCGCAACGAAAUACAUUUCUACACGAAAGUCAUUCCCGCGGUGGAGGCUUUCCAGGCAUCAAGGCAGCCCAAGCCCAAGAAGCCGUUCGUUGAAUACCCCAAGUGCUAUGCAUCCUUGUGUGACGGCGUCAACGAUUUUAUUGCUCUCGAGGAUGUGGGCUUCCGCGGCUAUCGAUCGCCCAAUCGUCAGAGCUACAUCACGCUGGAGGACGCGCUCCUCACCAUGCGUACCAUGGGCCGCUAUCAUGGCGUGGCAUUAGCCUUCAAAGCGCUAGAUGCGAACAACUUUGAGAAGGCCGCCAGUGCUCUGGAGGAGACCUACUAUGGCGAGCACACGCGAGAGUGGUACAAGGGCUUCCUGCAGCUGGCCCAAAAUGUUGCCCUCGAUGCAGUAACCAAGACCUUGCCCAACACCAAGUACGAGACAUUGGCAAACAAUUUCCUGCAGCCUCAGAUGUUCGACGAUAUGAUUAAUCUGGUGUCAACGCGCUCCAAGUUGAGUGUCUUUGGUCAUGGCGACUGCUGGACGCCCAACUUCCUCACACGGUACAGCCAGGAAGGCGCCCCACUGGAAAUCAUCAUCAUUGACUAUCAGCUGGCACGCUGCGCCUCCGUGGCGUUAGACAUCAGUUUCUUUAUAUACUCUUGCACCAGCCAGCAGCUGCGUGAAGAGCACUAUGAUGAGCUGCUGCGCGCAUACUUGGAGAGCGCCCAGUCGCUCAUCACGGAUCUGGGCGGUGAUGCUGAGGCGAUCAUCUCCUGGGAUUCGCUGCAAGAGGAGCUACAACAGUUUGGCCGCUUCGGCUGCGGUAUGGGCAUCGAGUCGUUACCGAUGUCGCUCAUCGAGGACGACGAAGUGGCCGAUCUGGAGGGCAUUGUCGAGAGCGCCGUACUCACAGAUGUUUGGGAUAUAACGCCCUUUGAGCAGCCCGCCAAACAGCAGCGCAUCGCCGAGAUCUUCAAGCAUGCCAUUGACCAGGGAUACAUCAAGUAGGCCAGCUGGGCACCUAUAGACGCACUCCUCUCAAACAUUCAAGACAAUAAUUUGUACAUUAUAUAUAUUUCUAUGGGUGUGGGUGCGUCUGCGCAAUAUACCCUAUAACUGUAUUUUGGCCAGCGAGAAGUCGACUCGACUGUUGCCUUUUAUUCUUUACCUAAUUUGAUCAAAUGUGACGACUAGCUAGACGAAAACUCAAGUACUAACGAUAAUGUAAUAUACCAUUAAGAGGCAUAACAGCACAUGAACAUAAAUAUAUAAUCUACUGACAA